AUGCUCCCGUCCGCCCGUGCCGCCGCGAGCUCCCUGCUCGGCCGCCCGGCCGGAGUGGCCCUGCGCACCGCCGCCGCGGCCACCACCGCCCAGGCCCGGUUCUAUGCAUGCGGCAUGCCCAAGGCCCCGGCCACCCCGGAGCCGACCAGCGCCGCCGCCGCCGCCGCCGCCGCCGCUGCGGUGUCGGAGUUUUCCUCCCCCCUGGACGGGGAGAAGGGUUCCGCCGCGUCCCGUCGCCGGUCUCUGCCGCCGAUUAUCCCCUCGCUGGCGGAGUUCAUGAAGAUGUCCGACGGCCAGACCCCCCCGCAGGAUGGCGACGACCAGGAGGUCUACGCCCCGGCCCCAUACCUGCCGAAGAACCUGGGCCAGGGCCGCACAGUGCUGACCGAGACCUACGGCUGCCAGAUGAAUGUCAACGACACGGAGAUUGCUCUGGCCUGCCUGCUGGACGCCGGGUACGAGCGUGCCCCGGAGGGCGCCUCGGCCCAGGAUGCCGAUGUGGUCCUGCUGAUGACCUGCGCCAUCCGUGACAACGCUGAAACCAAGAUUUGGAACCGCCUGACCGAGCUGUCGCACAUCAAGCGCAAGCGUCGUGGUCUGCGCGUCGGGCUGCUCGGCUGCAUGGCCGAGCGUCUCAAGCACCAGGUCCUCGAGUCGGACAAGUCGGUCGAUGUUGUCUGUGGUCCCGAUAGCUACCGCGACCUGCCCCGCCUGCUGCACUCGGUCGACAUCUCCGGCGGGCAGUCCGCCAUCAAUGUGAUGCUCUCGCUGGAUGAGACGUAUGCCGAUGUGGCGCCGGUGCGCGUGAACCCGGACAAUGUGUCGGCCUUCGUGUCCAUCAUGCGUGGCUGUGACAACAUGUGCUCCUACUGCAUUGUGCCCUUCACGCGCGGCCGGGAGCGCUCGCGCGAUGCGGCCUCCAUCAUCCGCGAGGUGCGCCAACUCCAGUCCCAGGGGGUCCGCGAGGUGACCCUCCUCGGGCAGAAUGUCAACAGCUAUCGCGACACCUCCGAGGCCGGGCUGGCCCUGCUGGACGAGCGCGCCGAGCGCGGCGCCGCCACCACCACCGAGAUGACCGGCACCCUGGCGCGCGGCUUCCAGACCAUCUACAAGGCCCGGACCGGGGGUCUGCUCUUUGCCGACCUGCUGGACGAGGUGAGUGCCGCCUGUCCGGACAUGCGCUUCCGCUUCACCUCCCCCCAUCCGAAGGACUUCCCGGAUGAGCUGCUGCGACUGAUCGCCGAGCGGCCGAACGUGGCCAAGCAGCUCCACCUGCCGGCACAGUCCGGCAACAGCGCCGUGCUCGAGCGCAUGCGCCGGGGGUACACCCGCGAGGCGUACCUGGAGAUGGCCGACCGCGCGCGGUCCCUCAUCCCCCGGGUGGCCCUGUCGUCGGACUUCAUCGUGGGCUUCUGCGGGGAGACCGACGCGGAGCAUGCCGACACCGUGUCCCUGCUGCACCAUGUGAACUACGAGCAUGCCUACCUCUUUGCGUAUAGCAUGCGCGAGAAGACCCACGCCCACCGGACCCUGGUGGACGAUGUGCCGGAGGAGGUGAAGCAGGCCCGUCUGCGCGAGGUCAUCGACCUGCAGUAUGGCCUCAUGUCGAAGUCCUCCGCCCUGGAGGAGGGGUCCCUGCAUGUGAUCCUCAUUGAGGGCGACAGCCGGCGCAACAGCGACGAGUGGUCCGGCCGGUCGGACAACAACAAGAUGGUUGUCUUCCCCAAGCAGCCGGUGCCCAACAUGGUCAGCACCCCGGAGGCGCCGGUGUCCAUGAGCCAGCCGCUGUCGGCGGCCAGCGGCUUUGUCAUGCCGCAGAAGGGCGACUUCGUGCUGGUGCGCGUUACGUCGACCAGCGCACAAACCUACCGCGCCGAGCCUCUGGCCCUGUGUGACGUCCGUGGCCUUGGGCUGUCCACCAGCGAGCUGGCUCAGCUCCACGUGUCGGAGGCGGACCGGGCCCUGGGCCUGCAGCGCAUUGCCCAGCUGGACCAGCUGGUGGCUGCUGCCGGGCCGGCGGCCGCGGUGGCCCACUCCCACUGAAGCACGCGUGUCAGCACCGCCAGCGCCCGUGCCAAUGCCAACCUUCCCCUGGUGAGGGCUGGGGAAAUGAAUGGACUGAGUCGCAUUUCCCGGCCCUCGCCCUGCGCUCGCGGUGCUAGCCUUGACAUCCGCGCGUCUGGCCGCGGUCAGCGGGUCGGUGUGUGUGUGUGCGGGGGGAGAGGGGGGGAAGGGGGCCUUCCUCACCCUGUCCUGCCUCUCGCCGCGGUGUGUGCCGGCCUCCCCCCUUCCUGCCCCUCCCCGCUUGCAGCGCCAACCUCUAGAACACAAUAGAUCCAGUAUUUUUCUCCUGUCGGCGGUCCUGCUUGCGGCAGGCGGCGCGGGCGACGGCGGGCCGGGCGACAAGCGCGGGGGCUACACAUAAAAAGGCAAGUGCGGCGUAUGUAUUGGGAUACGCGAGGAGAAAGGAAAAGAAAAAGGGCGCAGCCCAUUGAUCUGCCUCGCUCAAGUGAGGGGGGGAGGGGGGGGGGGGGCGACGAUUCUGAAGGGGGGAAG